AUGGCACUCCUGGCUGAGAUCGUGCAGUUUAUUCCACAGCAUCCUUUCGCGGUGCUGUGUCUACUUGUGGUUUUUGCUCUGUCUGGCCUCUCUGUCUACAGGCUGUUUCUCCAUCCUCUUGCUAAAUUCCCCGGACCAAAACUGGCGGCCUUGACGCUCUGGUACGAGUAUUAUCAUGAUGGAAUCAGGGGCGGCCAGUAUACAUUCGAGAUCCAGCGCAUGCACGAGAGAUACGGCCCCAUCGUUCGUAUUAGCCCACAUGAGCUUCAUAUCAAUGAUCCUGCUUUCAUCGACACCCUUUACGCUGGCGGCGGGAAAAGGAGAGACAAAUAUGUGUUUUAUGCAUCACAAUUUGGGCUUCCGAAGAGUCUUUUCGGAACUGCGGAUCACUACCACCACCGCCUCCGACGUUCUGCGUUAAGACGAUUCUUCUCAAAGGCUUCUGUCACGCAGCUUGAGCCUCUAAUCACCAAAAAAAUCGACACCCUAUGUUCCCUAAUCCAGGCAACUGCAGGCUCUGGCAGGCCUGUCUCCUUGUCCGAUGCGUAUAGUGCAAUUACUAGCGACGUUGCGACGGAAUAUGCGUUUGGAACUUGCACGAAUUUCGUGUGUCCCUCCAACCCGUACUUCCAAAGGAAUUUCCGCGUGACCCUAGUUAAAGGCUUGAUGGUGGCAACGCAUUCAAAGCAAUUCCCAUGGAUUCGCAGUAUUUCUAAUAUGAUACCUAUAUCUGUCCUUAGGGUGUUAGAUGCGAACCUUGCUGCAGCUAUGGAGUUUCAAAUGGAAAUAUCGAAGCAGGUGAAGGAUGUCAUGGAUGGUGUUAGCAACGGGAACGAGAAAGGCCAUAAUACGAUUUUUCAUGAACUUCUCACGGGAAGUCUUCCACCACAGGAAAAGACCUUUACACGUCUCAAACAGGAAGGGCAGCUUAUCGUCGGUGCUGGCACCGAGACAGUUGGAUGGUCGCUCUCCGUGAUAACCUUCUAUAUCCUGGCCCAUCCGGCGGUUCUAGAGAAGUUGCGCAAAGAGCUUGAAGAGGCUAUUCCUGACCCAUCUAUCCUCCCAUCGCUGACUUUCCAAGUUCACAGCGCGGUCGUCGCAGAGGGUCUACGGCUGUCCUAUGGCGUGAUUUCCCGCUCCCAGCGCAUCUCACCCUAUGAACCACUGAUAUUUGAACCAGCAUCCGAUCAGGAAAAUCACAUCAAGCAUGUGAUUCCUGCCGGUACUCCCGUGGGGAUGACAUCGUACUUGAUCCAUCAUAAUCCCGAAAUCUUUCCUGAUUCAAGCAAAUUUAUUCCUGAGCGAUGGCUUGAUCAGGAUGGGAAACGACAUAGACAUCUAGAUCCGUAUCUAAUGACUUUCUCUAAGGGCUCGCGGCAAUGUAUCGGUAUCAACCUCGCAUAUGCCGAAUUAUACCUCAUAAUCUCAAGUCUAAUCAGGAGAUUUGGGGGAAGGAUGGAACUCUUUGAGACAACGAUGAGGGAUGUGGUGCCCAAGAAGGAUUACUUCUUGCCUGUUCCCGAUAGUGACGCGGUUGUCCAGGUGUUGGUGCGAGAAGAUUAAAGCAGAAUUUCGAAGAUUUACUGUGCGGUGCACCCUUUUUCUUUUCUUUUCCUUCAUAUAUUUUUUUUUUCCCCUCCUAACAUUGACCUUUGAUUUUUAUUGGUUCGGCUGGUCUCGAUUAUAGCGGUGAGGGCAGGCAAGCGCUCCAUCUUCAUACUAAUAAC